AUGGCGGCGUGGGCACCUCAUCCCCGCUUUAGCCUCAUUGAGGCAGACUACGACAAGGACCACCGGGCCAAGGCCUUGUCGGAGCAGCAGAGGCCGUUGUGUGUGCUUCGUGGUCGCACGCACCACGUACACAGCUGGAACGAGCGAUACGCGCCGUACAUUCGUCGUGCAGGCUUUCUUGAGAUCGUCCGGGUCUACAACAGUGGACUUCCCACUCUAGACCCUGCAGUUCUUACUGCUUUUGUUGACAGGUGGAGACCAGAGACACACACCUUCCACACACCUUGUGGAGAAAUGACUAUCACAUUGCUGGAUGUGAAGAUGAUAUUGUGUUUGAGUUUGUCUGGUCAUCCGGUGACUGGGGUCGUCGAUGAGUCUACUUGGCUAGACUUGGUACAGGAGUUUUGUGGCAGGCGGUCAUCAGAUGCUGAAGUUAAAGGCACCAAGAAGACCUCAGGAGUCUCGACGUCUUGGAUUACGCAGAACUUUGGUGCAGGACCACCGCCUGAUGCUCCAGAUCAUGAGGUGGAGAUGUAUGCAAAGGUGUGGUUGUGGCACUUCUUGGGGGGUUUCUUGUUCCCUGAUUCCUCAGGAGACAGCAUCAGCUGGAUUUUCCUGAGGAUCCUUAUGCAGCCACUGGACAACAUUGCCGGCUACAGUUGGGGUACCGCGGUGCUUGCAUGGACAUACCGUCAGCUUUGCCAGGCCUGUCGUCGCCAGUCUUCGAAUGGAAACCUAGGUGGCUGCUCAUAUCUACUUCAGGUUUGGAUUUGGGAGCGUUUUCCAGUUGGAAGGCCCACUAAACCUCCGGGUUUGCCUGUAUGGGUGCAUGAAGAUGUUGGACCCACCGCCCUUUUCCUCUGGACAGAUGCUAAGGUAGUCAGGGGCGAAGCAGACAGGAGGUACAGGCAGUACACUGACGAGCUAGACGUGUUGACACACAACUACGUCACAUGGUCACCGUGGUCUCGGUGGGAGCUAGAGGGGUACCUUAGUCCACGCUGCGAGGAGGAGGAUAGCGAUUGGCUUUACGAUGGCCCACUCAUCUUCUUCCACGUGGUCGAGAUGCACUACCCUUGCAGGGUUUACAGACAGUUCGGGAGGCUGCAGGGGAUUCCACCGCUGUAUUCCACAAACGCUGAGCUGCAUAGGAUUGAUCGUAGGUUCCGGUCCACGCAAAAGGAUUGGGCGGUCAGGCACGAUGCACAUUUGCAGACUUGGUAUCACAGGCAGGUUCCCCUCGUCAACUCACUACCACCGCACGACCCGGCCAGAUGGAUGGAGUACCUACAGUGGCUGCACCGGAGUACGAGGACUCAUAUCAUGGUUCCGUACACCAACACCCCUGCAGAUGAGGGUGGUGAGGAUGACAUCGCCGAUGCGUUCGACGAGGCGCAAAGGGUUGACAAACAGGUUCUUAGGGCCCCCUUAAAUAGAUAUGUGUCACAACAGUUGUCUAACUACUCCGAGGAAGCUAGUAGGCAACUGUUCCGGAGUAGAGACGACAAGAGCAACCCUCUUCGCAGCUUUGUGAAGAAAAUCAAAAAGGGCUGCAAGAAGUUAGCGGCUAAGCUGAGCUGUGCAGACACGACAUAUGCGCCUCCGUUGCACCCCAUGUUGUCUAGGAGCCAGACGGCCUCGAUGUCCACUAGAGCCACUUCGGCUAGGGCCGCUUCCUCCUCUGUACGUACUCCGCAGUACACAGGGAAGGGUCCAGCGGACGUGGACGAUGACGACGAGGCCCUUCAGUACUCCACGACUAGUGGCGACGACGACGACGACGAGUUACAGUGGGAGUUCACCGGUCACGAGGAGAUGGGUACCUCACAGCUAGGCGGUGCUCCUAUUGGUACACAGGGGGUGGAGUACACACCGGAGGAGUACACACAGGGGGUGGAGUACACACAGGAGGAGUACACACACGUCGAGCACCAGGGUACUUCGUCCACACAGGAGAUGGAGCGUAUCCAUAGGCGGCAGCGCGAGAGGCAGCGGCGAGACCGCACGGACGUGGGGUGGACAAGCAACGUGGUGCCUACCAAUCCUAGGAGGCGACGGAAGCCGCGAAACCGCUACACCCCUGGCGAUGAUUAGAUUAUACAUGUUUAGCAGUUGGGACUUGUCAUGUAGUACCUGUGACAUAUUGUUAUUUCCAGCACGUUGGUAACUGACAUAUUUCUAGAUAUUUGAUGUACCUUUUUUAAGCAUUAGUGAGAAUUAUUUAAGUUGU